AUGGUUAAGGUUCUCUGCGUUCUCUACUCUGGUGGCAAAGACGCCCAAGAAGAAAAGAGACUUUUAGGUACAAUUGAAAACAGUCUAGGCCUAAAAGAUGAAUUGGCCAAGGGCAACCACACCUUCGUAGUCACAGAUGACAAAGAAGGACCAAACAGUAAGAUGGCAAAAGAGAUUGUCGAUGCAGACGUUGUCAUCACAACUCCUUUCCAUCCCGGUUAUUUGAGCAAAGAGAUCAUUGCUUCUGCUAAGAACUUGAAACUUUGUAUCACUGCCGGUGUCGGUUCAGAUCACGUCGAUUUGAACGCUGCAAACGAACGCAAGAUCACAGUUGCUGAAGUUUCAGGUUCAAACGUCGUUUCCGUCGCUGAACAUGUUGUCAUGACAAUCUUGAUCCUUGUCCGUAACUACAACAUCGGUCACGAACAAAUUUCACAAAACAAGAACAACGGUUGGUUAGUAGCCGCCAUUGCUCGUGACGCAUACGAUUUGGAAGGCAAGGUUGUCGGUACAAUCGGUGCUGGACGUAUCGGUUACCGUGUCUUGCAACGUAUGGUUCCAUUCAACUGCAAGGAAUUACUAUACUUCGACUACCAAGAUUUGCCAGCAGAUGCAGCCAAACAAGUCAACGCUCGUCGUGUUGCCGACUUGAAUGACUUCUUGAGUCAAUGUGACGUCGUUACCGUCAACUGCCCCUUGCACGAAGGUACCCGUAAUUUGAUCAACAAGGAUAACAUCAAACACAUGAAGAAGGGAGCAUGGUUGAUCAACACUGCACGUGGUGCAAUUUGCAAUGCCGAAGCAGUUAAGGAAGCAGUUGAAAGUGGACAUAUCUUGGGUUACGGUGGUGACGUUUGGAACCAUCAACCCGCUCCGGCCGAUCACCCAUGGCGUACGAUGUACAACCCACACGGUGGAGGUAACGCAAUGGUUCCCCAUUACAGUGGUACAACUUUGGACGCUCAAAAGCGUUAUGCCGACGGUACCCGUGAAAUCUUGAACAACUGGCUCAACAACAAGCCACAAAACCCAGCCAAUCUCAUUGUUGAGAAUGGUGAAUAUGCAACCAAAGCAUACGGUCAACGCAAGACAACAGUUGCUUAA